UCGAAAAUUCCCUACACCGCAUUUGUGUGGCAAGCAAGAAAACAGACGACAACGACCAAAAGACAGAAGAAACGGCUUUGCGAUUGCUGCGACAGCCGGCCAGAGAGCACACCAAGCGGCAGACAGGUGGAGCGAGUGCUUGACGCAGGGUCAAAGGACGGUGAGAAGGCACGGCUUGACACCACGGAGAGCGAUAACAGCUGUCAUCAAGGCCAAGUGAAGAAAACUGACUGUGAUUCGCUUCGAGAAGCAGCACCAGCCACACAAGUUGCACAAACACAACGAACCAACCAAACAAACAACCAAACGAACAAGCGUCGACACACACACAUACACACCAUGGAGGAGAUUGGCAUUGUCGUGCCUGAGGUUCCAGCUCAGACCGUGGAGGCGGAGAUUGACACAAAGUCGGAAGACUUGUAUGUUCGCCUGAAAAACUUGCAACGCCAGUUGGAGUUCUUCAACGUGCAAGAAGAGUACAUCAAGGAUGAGAUGAAGAACUUGAAGAAGGAGUACUUGCACGCACAGGAGGAGGUGAAGCGCAUCCAGAGCGUGCCGCUUGUGAUUGGCCAGUUCCUCGAGGCCGUGGACGAGCACACGGGCAUCAUCGGCUCCACGACGGGCUCAAACUACUACGUGCGCAUCCUCAGCACCCUCGACCACGAGCUCCUCAAGCCAAGCGCCUCGGUCGCCCUCCACAAGCAAUCGAAUGCACUGGUUGACAUUCUCCCGCCCGAGGCCGACAGCAGCAUAACCAUGCUCUCCGCAGACGAGAAGCCCGACGUCACGUACUCUGACAUUGGCGGGAUGGACACACAGAAGCAGGAGAUGCGCGAGGCCGUCGAGCUGCCCCUCACCCAGUUUCAACUCUACCAACAGAUUGGCAUUGAGCCGCCCCGCGGUGUGCUGAUGUACGGGCCCCCGGGCUGCGGCAAGACCAUGCUUGCAAAGGCCGUGGCACACCACACCACCGCCUCGUUUAUCCGGGUGGUUGGUUCUGAGUUUGUGCAGAAGUACCUCGGUGAGGGUCCACGCAUGGUUCGCGACGUGUUCCGCAUGGCCAAGGAAAACGCCCCCGCCAUCAUCUUCAUCGACGAAAUCGACGCCAUCGCCACAAAGCGCUUCGAUGCCCAGACAGGAGCGGAUCGAGAGGUGCAGCGCAUUCUGCUCGAGCUUCUGAACCAGAUGGACGGCUUUGACCAGACCGUCAACGUCAAGGUGAUUAUGGCAACGAACCGCGCCGACACGCUCGAUCCCGCCCUCCUCCGCCCAGGCCGUCUUGAUCGCAAGAUCGAGUUCCCCAUGCCAGACCGCCGCCAGAAGCGGCUCAUCUUCUCCACCAUCACCUCCAAGAUGAACCUGUCUGAUGAAAUUGACCUGGAGGACUUUGUCGCCCGCCCGGACAAAAUCACCGGUGCCGACAUUGCAGCCAUCUGCCAGGAAGCCGGUAUGCUUGCUGUUCGCAAGAACCGCUACGUGAUCCUCGCGAAGGACUUUGAAGAGGCAUACAAGACGGUUAUCAACAAGGACGAUGACGAACACACCUUCUACAAGUGAUUGUGCUUGUGCCACGCCAUCAUUUGCUUGUGUGUUUGCAUUGCACACACGCACUCCCCCGCCCCCUUGUUUGUUUGUUCCUGUGUCUUUUUUCGUUUUGUUGGCCGUGAUGACGCGAUAAACGGAACAUCGCACCACU